AAUGUCUAAGGCAAAGUCAGAAAAGCCACGACCCAAGUUCAAGUUUCCCAUGCGUGAUAUUCAUUUGAAUAAGUCGCUGCGAAUUUUGAAGACCGCUUGCAUUUUAUCAUUGGUCGCUCCGUUUUGCUUAUACAUGCUGAGCAAUGCGCCAAGAAAACUGAAAUAUAAGAACUUUUAUGCAAACUACGAUCCAAUGGAUGCCUUUGAUCGCAUGCAGAGCGGUGGCUACUUAGCUUCCUGUUCCAACUCUAAAAGUGAUGACAAGAAGGACAAGGACAAGGAUAAGGAUAAAAAGAAAUAAAUGACCUUUGACUUUUGCGAUACACAUAUGAAAUGCAAAACUGGAAAUGAGACACCAAUUGACACCAGACAUUAAAGGGAAAGGAAAUCAACAACGCAAAUGAAUUCUAAGAAAUUGUAAACUCAUCGAGAAAUAUACUCAACACACACGCACACAUAUACUAUAAAGACUAAUAAAUGGAGCAUUGCAAAUAAGAUAGGCGAGCUCUUGAGCUUGUCUUGCAACAUAAGUUA